AUGUCCCCCCUGCAGCAUCCCCAGCCAUCUCCUCCGGCCGAUGCCGGCAUCUCUCUUCUGGGUUCCAGUCCCUGUGAACGUCAGGACAUAUGGGACGUAUGGAGGAUAGAACCAGCGGGAAAUUCAAAAACUUUAAAUAAAAUCUGAUAGUAUUACAUUACUGUAUCAAACCAUUUCACAUACAUUUUGUUCCUAGUGCUUUGUCCUGUGCCCUGCCUGCAUUUUUACUGUUCUUUCUGCCUGAAAACUGAGAAACGUCCAUGCCAUCCAAAAAGUGUCCCUUUAGGUCAAAAGUGGUUUUAGACCAGCUAGAGAACAGUGAUAGUAAAUUAGAACCACUGGCAGAAUUGA